AUGGCCAGUUCGUGGAGUGUGGGGCUGGCCCCGGGGGCCCGGCGGACGCUCGUGCAGGGGGGCCGCCAGCUGCCCGCUAGCUGCUCCUCCACCUCCUCCUGCUGCAGAGCAGAGGGAGACAGUCAGAGGGUGGAGGCUCGGCUGCAGAGACAUCCCACGCGCACCAUGGCCUGGCUCCUAGAGCCCAUGGGCCCCCGGCGUCGGAGGCUCUGCUCCCUCCCGCGGGCUGUGAGAGCCCGACGUCCUCGACCCCGGCCCAGCGGGGCAGCGCGCCCGGGCCUCGGCGGUGGCCGCGUCUGUGCUGGGGUCACCUGCGCGCGGCGGCGGUGGCGAGCGCGCCUGGCAGGGAGGGGAGGCGGCGGGAGUGCAGCGAGCCACCCGCGCUCAUCCCUGGGCAGCGCCUCUCGGGGACCCCGGGAAGGCGCCUCCCCCGGGACGCCGGGGCCGGGAACACCGGGGCCGGGGUCGGGGCGCGGGGCGCCCGGGCCGGUGACAAGAUGGCAGCGGCCUCACCGAACAAUCGCUCACUUACCCGGGCAGGGCGCGGGCGCUCGGGUGACACAAAGGAAGCAUGGAGAAACUUUUCAGCCCGAGCCGACGGCGGGGCGCGGGGACAGCGGCGCGGAGGCCCCGGGGCGCGCGCGGCUCAGCGGCCUAGCGGGGGCGCGCGUCCUCGCCGCGCUCGCGGCCCCCUCCGGCGCCGUGGCGGGAGCCAUUUCCAAGAGUUUCCAAGAAGUGUCGGGUCCACGGCGGCGUCCUGCAUCCUGCUGGAGCCCGGCCCCCUCCGGCGCUCCGCCUCCCGCGCGCCGUGUCCCCUCCCGCGGCGCCCCGGCCGCCGUGCGCCCGCGCGGUCCCCGGCCUCGAGCUUCUUUUGUGUGGCUGCGGCGCGCCGGGCUCCGCCGGGUGGAGUGGAGCUCGGGGCGGCCGGACUGGCGGCUGUUGCUAAGAGACCGGAGCCAUGACACUGGGAGAUUGCGGCAGGAUGGCAGUCGCCUCGGCGGUGUCACCCGCUUCCACUUGGGAGUUUGCAAUUGUGGACGCCCGGCGAGCGAGCGCAGAAGAAGCCAGGAUUCAGGAACAGAGCACCAGAAGAGCAGGAGCCAGCCAUGGUUCAGACUGACAGCGUCCGGCUUCUGAAGCACCAUCCAGAGACAAGGAGGAGGCGUUCUCGGGGAGCGAGCAGCCUUGCAGGAGAGUGGGCGUGAAGAUGAGGUGCCAAGCAGAAGUAAUGCUCAAAACCGGAAAAUUGCACACUUAAAAACCUAAAAAGAAUCCGAAUGAAAGAAGGGAGAGUUAGUCCAGAAAGAAAACGCCAAGAGGUGACAGGUGACGUUGUUAAGAGUCAUCAGAAAUAUACAGAAGAUGAUUUCACAGGGGGAGCAAGAGAGAUCUGUUUUUUUCACAUGGUGAGAAGGGGGAAGAACUUACCUCUUCUCUCCUCUUCUUUAUGUUUUGAAGAAAUAUACGUUUAGGGCAUCUUUUCCACCAUGCAGUUGCUGCAGGUGAAAUUCUAUUUACCCACGUGAGUGUGCACUGACUAGAAAGAUCCAGCAAGGCAUGAGCUUUGUCUGCAAGAGGCUACCUAGAGGGGGUCCCUGGUGGCACUGAUGGAACUGCUUCACCCGGUGUUUUUUGGAAACAGGGUAACAAAGAUCCACAUGAACCCCUGACCUGGGUGUUCUAGGCAUGUUCUAUUUAUCUGUUCCUCUAUGCUCAAAUGCUCACCAAGUUGGAGAAAGCUGUGGAGUUGCUCCGGGGAAGAGUGUGCCUUGCGAUUUACUAUGUUGUCUACAGAGCAACGGGAAAGGAGAGAGGAAUAGAUUUGUGGGGAUGAAUACUUUGUUACCAGUUUAACACUAGCAAAAAAUGGAGUACACACCUUGGAGCACAAGAUUUUUAAGUCAGCGAAUUCUUCAUUCUUUGAUUUCUUCCUCCUAAAGGCGGACAUUCCAAUCGCCUAGCGUACAACAUAGAUUGAAUUGUGAAAUAGGCUUCUGUCAAGCUGAGUGUGCCGAGAGCGGACACAAGUUCCAAAUGACUUGUCAAGUUUCAAACAACUACCCAGACUUGAAAACUUGGUCUUUUUCUCCUGGGAGUUCUUGCAUGGUAGCCUGCUCUCGGCUUUGAUCUUGACAGACUAUUACAACUUAGAGACUUUUCAGUUUAGGAGCACUUGCCUGGGGCAAAACAGAUAAAUAAGUAAAUACAAAUAAAUUGCUUUCGCUAAAUUCCAGCUUCCCCAAAGGUUAAUACAUUUUCAAAUUAAUAUGUACCCAAAGUGGCUAAUUUGAAAACACUGCCCACAGGGGCAUCGGGACCAGCUAUGUGUGGGUGGCACUGGUAUAUGUCUGACUCACCUACCUGAUGCCAGCUUAUUCUUCCAGGUGGCACCACCUGGUCAUGUGUUCUGGGUCUCCCAGGGGCCAGAAAGUCCAUCUCCCCUUACACCAGGUGCUAGACUUCGUCUUUAUUUCCCUUCUCCUCAUCUUCAGUUUUCCAUACCCUCAUUUUUUGUUUCUCCCCACCUGCAUGGAUGUGAGCUGCUUGAGAAGAACCACUUUUAUCUGAUUAGUUCACAGCUACAUCCCAAGGCCUGGCUCAUUGUGACACUCGGUAAAUAUUUGCUGAAUGAAUAAAUUAAAAUAUUUUCACCUAGACAUCUGCACAGGUGAAUUUGCUGGUUCCUGUGACGGGUAUUUCAGAAUCAAUAGGAUGCAUGAUGUGUAUCUGUGCCGCUCUCUUUCUCAUUUUAGAUUUAAAUAUUCCAGGCUGAAGGCACAUGGGUAAUGUCCUGGCGGUCAGGAGAGCCAACUCCAGCCUCCACACUGUAGUAACAAGGGCUUAUGAAGGACCAAUCUGUGCUUUAAGAAAGAUAUGAAGCUGGCCAUUCUGGAGCAUGAUUGCAAAUUGGUUGAAGAUGAAAAAAGAAAAAAAUUCAAUUAUCAGCAUUAAACAGGCUGAGUUUCACUUUCUAAUGAACUAUUCGUUGAAUGUGUUUUUGGAUUCCUUUGGUCAGAACCUGGCUGCCUGCUAAUGUAGAUUGCGAGACCCAGAGGCUCAGAUGAUGGAACAGUAAGAAGUUGCUGUCCUCUGACCCCACACCAGCAGAAGAACAGACCUGGCUGGCCCCCACCAGCAGGGCUCACUGUGGCAGGGCUGCCAUGGCUCAGUCAUCAGAACACUGUCUCAGAGACCAGCCAACGCCGUGCCCACGGGGUGCCGUCUCAUCCUUCCACCCUCGAGCUGUGUGAUGCCAUAGAACCAAGGUCUUCGAUGGGUUGCUGACAACAAGCUCUUGGGCUCCAGAACUGUGAGAAAUACAUUUGUGCUGUUUCUGCAGGUUACCUGAUGCGCGCCUUACCUAAGCUGUCGCUGAAACACUAAACAAACGCGGGCAGGUAGAAAACCAUGAAGCAGCGUCUUUCCGUGCUUUACUUUUGAAAAGAUGAAGUGAGGUAAGAUGAGCCGGUAGCAUCUGAUGUUUAUUUAUUUAUCCUGCAGAAACACAUCUGGGACCGCAGCAUUUCCCGUGAGCUGCAGGCUCCUGUACGUCCAGUCACCACAUGUGUUAACAUGGCUGCUGUUACCUGCAGCCCGAUCCACGCUGGAAGAGCCCGGCUGAGCCUGGGAUUCCUCAGUACUUUGUGCUCUUCAUCAUCCAUUUGCCUUGCUCCUUAAUUGCUAAAUCAGCGGGAACUCAGUCAAGUUCCAAACUGACAUAAAAGAGAAAUUGCUGGGUGCAGCUCCCUCCGCCCAGAGUACCCUGAAAUAGAACCCUUGGGAGGAAAAGAAUUUAACUCUCAAUAUUCUGAACUCAAGUGUCAUUUGGCCUGCUUUCUGCUCCCCCUUUCCUUGUUAAUGGCUGUUCUUAGACCACUUCACUCCACAGCACCUCUCCAUACCUUUGCUUUGUCCCUGGGUCACUGUCAUGUGUUGCCCAUAACAAAGGAGGCUUGGGGUCAUGCAGCACUGUCCCUCCACACUGCGAUCAGUGCUUGCUGUCCACUUCUCCUCCUUCAGGAGCUGGGCCUGCCUGGGUCCCUGCAGGUCCCCUGGAAGUCCCUGAGCCUUAUAGCAGGGCCAGCGGGGGUGUAUUUUUAAUUGAUCACUGGGUUCAAAAUCAAUCAUCUUCCUGCAAGGAAGAUCUGCAUGGGGCAAAGACUUGGAGGCAGACAAUUUCUUGGGAAAUCAAAUUGCUGACCACCAAUAUGCCAAAAAGCCCAGCUGUGCAAAUUGACUGGUUUCACUCAUGAGUCUGAGUCGAGCAAUUUACGCUUUUAUCUUCCCAGCAUCAUUUUGAAGAGUCUGUUUCUACUUCUACUGCAGAGGGAUCAAGACAUGCACAAGAGUACAUGGCAAUGAAACAUAUGUCGGAGAAAGAUUUAUCCUGAAUAUAUUGUUCAUUAAUAAGCAUAUUCAUAAGAAGAAUGUAUUUAUAAUUCUGAAUAUUCAAGAAUCGAUUAAGAUAUAUACUCUUCAUGCAUGUAUUUAUAAGCUUGUAACAAGAAUGCAUUUAUAGAGAAUAUAUUCAUGAAGCACAUAUUCUCAAAGAGUAAGAAUAUAUUCACAGGAACGCUUCAUAUUCAGAAUCACAUUCUCUAGCCUUAGGAGUUGCAGGGACAAAUUGAAUAUUCCUUAAAUAAUAUGAAGCAGAACCCGAGUGAGUAAAUGUGGAGAGCCUGCCUCUGCCGUUCCCUGAGGAAACACCUCUAGAUCCUGCAGUGUGCAAGGGCCAGGACUCGGGAUGGAGAUUUUGUAGACAAAAAUGACUCAGUCCCAAGCCCCGGCAUGUUUGAAAAUCAGCACUGCUUGGCAAGUGAAAGGUGCCAUGGCUUGCGGUCUUGUGUAAUUAAGCUGUGAAUCUCCUGGGAUCCUUUUUAAUAUGUGAGAUAAGAAGGCCAGGCUGUCUAAUCACAGGGAGGGGGGAGGGGGAAGAGGUGUUCAGUAAGUAAAGACAGACUUUCUGUGCUUAGUGUCCUAGGGCUGUUGGAAAUGGCAGAGAAACUUAAUUUUGCAAAAGUUAUCUGACAUUGCAGGCGUUCAAAGAUGACAGUCCUGAAGUCCCAAGCGCCCCAGGAGUUUUGCUAAUGAUCCAACUUCUAGCCUCGUGAUGUGUAUUCUUCAUGUGAUGCACAAACGGCCCUGUGGGACUGCUCUUUCUGAGAACCUGGAAGUUGGGAUUUCAUGAAGUCCAUCUGGCAAAUCUAUGCUUUCUCCCUAAUGAAACUCACACUCCAGGUGGGAUUUAGAAAGGAGGCCAAGGCCAGGAUCCUUCAUGCUAUAGGCACAUGGAUGCUGCUUGACUCAGACAGUGCACAUGCACACAUGUGCAUGUGAGAGUCAUGUGCAUGCUCGUGUGUGCAUGUGCACGCUCGUGUGUGUGUAUGUGUGUGUGUGUGUGUGUGUGUGUGUGUGUCUGUGCGUUGGGGUCCUCCUGGCAGAAUGAAGAGUUUCAACUCUCAAUGCUCCAAAUCCUUCUGGGGAGCAGGAUGGGAGGGGAAGUGGUCAGAGUAAAAGCCAGAGGACAGAACUGAGCCCCAAUGCCCCUCAGCCACAGCUGUACUCUCCCCUGGUUGGGCAUGGAGCCCCUCCAAAGGGAGCGGGAUGCAGAGCUCUCAAGCUCAUCAGGCUCCCUGCACAUUCAGGGCCAUCUGUGGGUGACCCUGCUGGAAGGUCAGUCCCCCGUCAGCGGAAAGCAUGGGUUGGUAUGUGUUCAUAAUGCCCUUAAUUCCUUUUUGAUCCCCUUCCCCUUCUUUCCUGGGCUCCAUCUCUUGGUCCCACUUCCCUUUGCGAAAGAUCUGUCUCUCUACUUACAAUAACCCACCUUUUACUUUGCUCUUUAUUUACACCCUGGGUUUCUCAUGAGUGUCUAAUAAAUAAAAAGAAAUGGAUUUGUGCUUCUUCUGUUUCCUCACAGCUAUUUGUGGUAACAGUAUCUUGUGUGUUACACUACCUGCAUUUAUAAUUAUGUGUCUAUCCCCCAAAUCAAGUUUUAAGACCUCGGCACAGGCGUGAUUUCCUCCUUUGGCAGAGAGGCCACACCUGAUGAAGAGACACCUCGCUGUGUGACAACAGUCAGCCACGAGGUGAGAAUCAGGGAUGAGUGCGCGGGCACAGGGUCCGUCCCCACUGAUCUCCUGAGCUAACGGAGACAACAGACAGCACUGAGGGGAAGGUGUCGGGAAAGGCUGCUGGGGGUGUGCAGCUAGGACACCUUGGGCAGAGGAUCCUCAAGUGUGAGGCCGGGAGGGGGCAGGAUGGGCUGAAUCUGGGGAAAAGGAGUUGAGUGAAGAUUUCAAUGUGGAAUCACAACGUGGGAAAACCCAGAGGGAGAGGAGAGAACAGAACACACACAGUGUGGGGCCAGCUCUCCAGGUUUGGGACAGACAGUCAGAAGGUUAGAUUUUCAUUUCCUGGAAUAGGCAGCUCCUUACCACUUACUUAGGAGGACUGAGCUCCCUUUGAAAGAGGGUGAGGCUGGGCACAUGGGUGGCAGCAUGGUGGUGCCUAGCAGGUAUCCAGCAGGUGUCCAGCAGGUAACACUUGGCUCUACCACUAGUGAUCACACCUUCUUCCAGGAAUUUCAAUCCCACCCAGUUCACUUGGCAUCAUUUUUUACAGCUCUAGGCCUUCCUGCUGAAAUGACAUGGAUUAAAUUAUCUGAAUCACAAAUCUUGGGCAUUCCACAGAGCCUAUACAGUGAGCACCUGGGAAAUUCUUAACAGGAAAACCUCCAGUUGAAUCCAUCUAACCAUUAACCCACACCCUGAGGGAACAUGGUAGUCAAAAUCACUUGCUCUGCUACUGACACCUGGGGUACCUGAAUUCCUCCACAGCAGGACAAAGAGGGCUUGGGCCCAGGUCACAAUGACACAGUCACUCGGACAGGGGUGGUGUGGGUUUUGUUUCAUCUGUUCCUUAUCAUUUUGAGUAUAUAAAAUUAUAAUAGCAGGAGCAGAAAUUUUCAAUGCACAGGGCAGUCAACAAAAGAGAAAGCAAAACAACACACAAGACACAGAAACAAAAUUUACAUCAACUGACCUUAUGUGGAAACUACAUUUAGGGAAGGCUCAAAAGAAGCAUGGUGCAUUCGUAUGUUCUUGAGAAGUCUACUGUCUUCAGUGCCCUAAAUUUUGAGCAAGUCUCUGAGCAAAAUCAGCUUUCAUAAACCACAAAGGCUCUUGGUGAAGUGUUUCAUACGAGGCACCUUAGCACGGCUCCCUCUUUCUCCCCUCCCCAAAAUGAUGAAGGAGUCUCCACUUCCAGAGGGCCUCUGCGCUGUUGCUAGGGUAAGAGUACCAAGAAGUGGAAGAAUUGAGAGGGACUCGUCUUCCCUAACUGUGGGUCUAAGGUAUGAAACAAAACACCAAUGAGAUGGGACAACGAAUCAGAACCUUUCAAACCAGACAGAUGUCGGGCUCCUGCCUCAGCCAUCGCCCCUUCUCCCGGUGUUACUGUCUGUCCAAGUGCAUGCAGGCUCCUGGUGUAUUUGUUACCCAGCUCCAGCUUCUCAUUAGACAGCUUCCAAGCAUGGCAGGAAAUCCCGAUGAAGUUGGGUCUGGCCCACCAGCUGGUGAGGGUGUCAUUGCUGAAGGAAGGCCUUCGGGAGGAGGGGUCCUAGCAGCUCCUGGAAAUGCCCACCAGGCUCUCUCUUGUCCCUGCUGGGAAUGUUCCUUUAUCGGGUUCCCCAUAUGUCUUGGGAGUGUGGCCUGCAAAGAGCUGAUGGAGUAAGAAGGGGAAUCCACACACCAUGAGCACCUGUGCCUAUUGUUGUUGUUUACAGUCAUACUUUCCUGAGUAAAGUACCCACAUGUCACUGUGAAAUCUUGUCCAAAACACUACAGUUCCAUCACUUAAGACUCACUCAAUCCAUUUCUUCUCAUUUAUUAAACACUCAUGAGAAACCCAGGGUGUAAAUAAAGAGCAAACUCAAAUGCAAGAUGAGUUAGCUGGGGGCCAUGCCCAGCGCGGGCCUGGUGAAAACUCACCCAGGAUAUGGAUGAAGACUGUAACUUGCUGCUUUACUGCUUGGAAGACUUCUGUUUGCAAAUGGAAAGUGGACUGCUUUUGCAUCGAGGAGGAUACAGGUGGAUGUGUGGGCCUUGGCCUGUUGGCUGUCACACAUCAGAGCAAGAAGUAUCCCCAGCCACUGAAGCCCUGACACCUGAUUGCCAAUGAAAACCUCUGCCCUCACAAGCAGCAGGCACUACAAGGGUCCACACUAAAUACAGCAAUGACUGUGGAGUCAUUAAAAGCAACUGAUGGGCACUCGUCCCAUCGCUGGAGAGCAAAGGUCCAUGUGCCAUGAGCAGCAGACCCUCUUCCCCUGCUUCCUGGCCCAAGGCAGCUUCAUCCUCCCUGAGGCCCUGGGAGCUCCUGGACAUCAGGAUGGAACCGUAGACCAUCGGAGCUGGGCCCAGCUUGAUCUCCAUGACCUUGACGAUGUCCACCCAGGCCAUGUAUCUGCUGCAAUCAAAUACAUGAACUCAAGUCAAACCCACCUGCCACAAAAGUCAGUUUGUCCAGCCAGAGCUCCUGGAUGCUUGGUGACUCUGGGGAGCUGGCAGCAAGAGAAUGAGGUGUCCUUUAUCUGCCCAUCAGCUGUCUGUUCUCCCCACCUGGAAACAGAGAGAAGCCAAAGCAGAAAUGUGGGUGUAUGGUCACCGUCUCCAGGUGGGUUCUGCUGGGCUUUCUUCCUGGCUUGAAUGAACCUGUAUAAAGAGCUUUAAGACUAACACCAAGAAUCUCAAGGACUCUUUCCUGAGAGAACCAUGUGCAAUGUGAUACUUAGUACCAUGUAUAACAGUGCAGUUCAUCCCAGGCUGCCAAUCCAGCAAAAGUAAAGAACGUACAGCAUUGCCGCAGGAUUGGGCAUCUCACUGCUGCCAAAUUCACAUCUCAGCGAUGAUGAAGGCCUCAGUUUUAAUUUUUAAAACAAAAUCUGCUUCAACCCCCCCCCCCACACACACACAUACACACACACACAUUCGGAAUCAUAGCAGUCUUUAUAGAAAAUGUUCAGGGAAGUUAUCUUUGGCUGGUAGGAUGAUGAUUGGGUUUUACUUCCUCCUUUUAAUGUCUCUGUGUUUUAAGGUUUCCAUCCAGAAUAAAAACUAUGGUACCCAGAA